AUGCCCCAGAGACCGCCUCCCCCGCCACUUAAGGAGCGCGGCGAGGACGCCCAAUGCCUUCCGAAGAAAUCGAUACCUGGACGUCGUAAAUCUAAAGGCAAGAGGAGGAGAAAGGCCAGGCCUACCAACGAGGUCAAACGGCCACGGCAUUUGUCAGAGAAUCGCCAUGAAUCACCACGGCCUCGAUCACGGUUAAAGGUCGCCAAGAAAAGUGUUGCUCGCAUCAAAACCAAGGCACCAUGGUCGGAAAAGCGGAGUCGCCGAGAUAUUCCCAUUGAACCUCGUCAAUCAUACCCUGUUAAAACAAUUGGACGAUAUAAGCGUGCACGCAAGGUUGCAUUCGACCCACCUCAUCCGCCUACCGCGACUCCAACUCCAACCCCACCGCCAGAUAAUCGCGGUGCUCGGUUGGCUCUAGACGUAGUAGCGCAGGGUAUAUUCCGCCUGGACCCUGCUCUCGCUCGCUAUAGUUUACGAUCAACUCCAUUAUUCCUCGCGCGAAAUCUUCGCGACGGCUGGUCGGGAAAGGUUUGGUCAUGGGAUAAAGCAGAGCCCAAGGAUUCAGUCAAUGCACUACACAUUCGGGACCCACAAACCUCUGUUGAGCGGCUGGAAAGGUGGAUUGCUAAGUCAACUCGCCAAGUGUCCAGAUAUACGCCGGCAACCGUCACACAAUCCGCAUUGCCUCGUACAUUCUGUCUCAAAUUGACGAGAUUCGAACUUGGAACCGCCGCAAAAUUCAAGGUACCUGAUUCCGCCAAACUCGCAGCUAAUCUGUACAUUCAUAACAAUCCUGGCGACAGCGAACCAUUGGUAUUCGACUUGGGCGUAGCUGAUCUUACGUUUCCGACAUCUGGGAAUGGCACACUGGAAGUACCAUUGCGCAUACCUUCUUUGGAAUUCCACAAUAAGAACUCUGCUCGAUCUGGCACUUCGAUUCCCUUUUUUGUACACACUAUAGAUGAUGACAUGCAGGUCUCUCUUCGUGCUCUUUCUUUGCCUAGAGGCCUUGCGUAUGUCGGAGUCUUGCUUUAUAAUUUCACGGAAAUCGGCACACCAGCCGGAGAAACUGUUACUUGGGGUGACAACGCAUCUCGCUUGUAUUCUCGAGUCGAUCUCGUUGGUCCAAACACUAGUUCUUCUGGAUUCGCACCACUAUCACAGCGUGCAGAGACUGUUUGGCUUCGCUCUAAUAUCACUCCAGAGAAUGCUACCGCGACGAGAGCGUCCGCAUCAUGGGGAGUUGAUAGUGCUGCUCGAUUGAUGUAUAAUCGUGUAUCAAACAUUCGACCUUUACACCCUAAACCACCUCCGCCUGAUUUUAAAUUAAAGUAUCGCCUCACCGUCCAGGGAGAGCAUCACGUUUUCGAGCAGACCCUUCAGCCUUGGGCAUGCGCUGUGUGUAGUAUAUGCGCACCAUUCCCUGCUCUACACAUUCUUCGAGUCCAUUAUGAGCGCGCGCACCCACAGGUUCAAGUUACCAUCAACCAGGAGAAACAGGACAUUGUGUCUAACAGACGAGUCCGAGAGAUCAAAAUUGUUUUACCCCCAGUCAGCUUUGAGCUUGUAAGCGAUGACAAUGAAGCUAUUCAGGUACCUCAAGAGAUUGCCCCUUCGACCCGAAUCGGUGAUAUGCUCGCAAAUCGGGCCGAGUUCGAACGUGGAAACCAUCCACCCGAUCUCCAACCACAACUAGACGAUAACGAGCCCCUUUCUCUCCCUCCCGAAAUACCAGGCAUCCUAACUAGGACAGACGUUGAGGUUGAACAGCGAGAGACCCCUCACCAAGUCUCGGCGAAGCCCCACUGGUUAAAGGCGAAGGAAACUCGAGUCCAGAGUCAUACACCCGAGCCCACACUUUAUUCGCCUAUUCGAAACGCAGAACCCGGGGGUAUCUUUUUGCCACCAUACUCGAGUCGAGUUAAUAACCAAGGGCGCAUAUAUGAUGUUUUGCGCGAAUUGCCGACGAAAGAUUUUGGGAUAUUAGCAGAGCAAGUACUUGCAGCCGAGGAAGAAUUGUUUGCAAAGGAGGCUACGUCAGCAUCUCAAGCUGGAGUCCAAGUCGAGACCGAAAGGGGAAGGUUGAUGUUUUCGUACAACUUGUUGUUUCCCUAUUCCUACAUGGUUGAGUUACUUGAACAACCCAACCUAGAUCUCACUGUCUUUCAUCAGUCUCCAAGUAAUAGACUCACUGCAAAGAAUGAUGUGAUGUGCUGCCUAACUGAACAUGGUUGUGCUGAUAUCUCUAACGACUUGGACCUCGAUCUUUGCUCACAAUCCCAUUCUACACAAGGGGGGUUCGGCUUGAUUUAUCUUGGCUUCCUAAAAAGCGGCCAACCUGUCGCAAUCAAGUCUAUAGGGAUUCUAGGCAAAUGCGGUAACUCAGAGGAGAGCCGCAAGAGCUUGAAGCGUGCCGCCAAGGAGCUAUACAUCUGGGCUCGGUCAGCCCAUCCCGGCGUACUCAAAAUACUUGGAUUUGCACAAUUCAAGAACCAGAUAGCACUUGUUUCUCCAUGGAUUAAUAACGGCCCACUUGGGCCAUGCCUCUCAGGAGACCUUGAUGAAAAUUAUCGCCUUCAGCUCUGUGUCCAAAUAACAGAAACACUGUCGUAUCUGCAUGGGAUUGGAAUUGUUCACGGAGACUUGAAACCCACGAUAAAAGGCCUCAACUGGCCGAUUUGGAAGCGCAAUGUUGACAGGAGAUUUCAGCCUUGGAUUUACCCCCACAAGCUCCAAAUGUUCGUACAGAUUUUCGAGCUUCUAAACAAUGGUGAUCAUACGGCUAAAACUGACAUAUAUGCACUUGGAAUGACCAUGUUGAAUAUCAUGACCGGGAAACAGCCAUUCUCAGACAAAUCAAUUUUAGCCAUUGUCAUGGAAGUGGCGAUUAAGAAGAAUCGACCAUCCUACUCUGCUUUUCUCGUAUUUGUUGAGAAGAAGCAUAGGAGGGACCGACUAUGGCAGUUGUUGGAACGCUGUUGGGCUCACAAUCCCGGAGAUAGGCCAACGGCUACUGAAGUACUUAAUUCCUUGCUUGAACUUGAGCAGGAGCCUCAGGAUCAGGAGCCAUCCAGUCCAAGCGCGCACGUUAGACCUUGA